AUGGCGUGCGAUUUGGAAAAGAUUGAGGAGAAGGAACGUGAGAAACCGAAUGUUGUCAUUCAGUUAAAUUCUUUGGGACUUGAUGAACUCAUAUCCUUAACUUUGAAAUUGGAAGAGGAAUGGAAGUUAAUAAAAAAGAAUUACGCAAUUUUGGAAGGAGCCGUGUUGACAUACGACAAGUGUAAAAACUCAGUUGAGCAACUGAAUCCUACAAAAUUCGAAGCCAAAAACUUUAAUGCAUUUAUGAAUGAAUUAGAACGAUCCGAAUUAAUAAAACUUUGCAACAGGGAGCAGACAGCAGAGGGUGGGGUUGUACCUCGAGAUAAUGAAGAAUACAAACCAAAGGAUAAUAGCGUAGAACAAUUGGACAAUCUAAUUCACAAAAUAGAGAUAACGAAGAAGGAAGAACAAGAGGAUCAGGCGAAGUCCUUGGAUGUCCACAUACCUCUGACAUCUUUGGUUUACAUCCCUGGCAAAAUUGUGAAUACAGAAAAUUUCCUUGUACGCAUGGGGACUAACUACUAUGUGCAGAGAAAUGCUAAGCAAACUAUCGAUUAUUUUAACAACAAAAUAAAAAAGUUAAAUGAACAAAUAAAACGUUUAAAAGUGACGAUAAUAGAAAAAAAAAAUGAAAUAGAUUUAUGUAAAAAUUAUAUUCAGAUUAAGCGUGAAUUACAAAUGAAUGCAAUGAAUACCAAUGCAAAUGCUACAAGCACAAGUGGGAAUGCAAACACGAAUGAAAAUGCACAUUCCGCUACUUCACGUGAUGCCAAUCCGUAG